AUGAUUGAUAUAGCUGUAUCCAUGAGAGAGGUGACCACAACAACUUCUACUACAACAGUGACAACAACACCAGGUGUUUGUGAGGAGGACUUGGAUAUGUUGAAUGUUACCAUCACCCUUACUGCUGAGGGGAGUGAUCAGAGUACCGAUGAAACAAUCACACUGGUGUCUGGAGUCAAUAAAUUCAAUAUUGAGCUCUCUAUCCCAGGGUACAUGACGAUAGUGAAUGCGCUGAGUCUAUUUGAGGUUGGAGGACAAAACACCCCUCUAGAGAGGGUUCGCAUCUCAAAUAUUAGGCCUAGUCCAAGCGGCGGUGAUACUAUUGAGUAUGAUGUUGGCUCCACUCCUCCUGGCAUGUUUAGAGUUCUUGAUACAUUUGAAAAUGCACCUGUUGAAUCUUUUGACAUUGAAGUACUUGAUGAGACUAGCAGGCCCUUAUCUAUUGAAGUCCAAGUCAGAGGAUGUAUUGAACAAGUUCCAACAACAACAACGGCAGCUCCAGAAACAACCAGACCAACAACAACUGUGACCACAACAACUUCCACUACAACAGUGACAACAACACCAGGUGUUUGUGAGGAGGACUUGGAUAUGUUGAAUGUUACCAUCACCCUUACUGCUGAGGGGAGUGAUCAGAGUUCCGAUGAAACAAUCACACUGGUGUCUGGAGUCAAUAAAUUCAAUAUUGAGCUCUCUAUCCCAGGAUACAUGACGAUAGUGAAUGCGCUGAGUCUAUUUGAGGUUGGAGGACAAAACACCCCUCUAGAGAGGGUUCGCAUCUCAAAUAUUAGGUCUAGUCCAAGCGGCGGUGAUACUAUUGAAUAUGAUGUUAGCUCCACUCCUCCUGGCAUGUUUAGAGUUCUUGAUACAUUUGAAAAUGCACCUGUUGAAUCUUUUGACAUUGAAGUACUGGAUGAGACUAGCAGGCCCUUAACUAUUGAAGUCCAAGUCAGAGGAUGUAUUGAACAAGUUCCACCAACUACAACGGCAGCGCCAGAAACAACCACACAAUCAACAACAACUGUUCCACCAACAACAACGGCAGCUCCAGAAACAACUACACCAUCAACGACAUCUGGAACUACGACACCAUAUGUUUGCUAUGAUGAAAUCACCUCUACAACUUAUCAAGUUGGACAGAUUGUGCUGAGACCAUGUGAAACGUGUAGCUGUGUGCAGGACAUGGGACUUAUGUGCUCCCGAACCAGUUGCAACCUCCAGUCAAGUGAUUGCCAAGAGGGCCAAAUAGUUGCUGAAACUGCAGACGACUGUUGUGAAUGCCGUGAAAUGACUACUACGAUGACAACAACACCUGCUUGCAUGGCCCCUAGGAUUUACAGAACUAAUUGUGACUGCCAGCGAACUUGUGAAGACAUUGUAACACCAUGCGCAACGCCACCACCUAAUGCGACGUGUGAGUAUGGCUGUUUCUGUGAAGAAGGAAUGGUGGCAGCCUCGGAGAAUAACACCGAUUGUGUCCUGGAAGAGGAAUGCUUUCCUGUAUGUGAAUACAACAAUCAAACAUACCAGUAUGGAGAGAAAUAUCAGGAUAUUGAUGAUCCAUGUCUUGAAUAUACCUGCUUAGGUGACUCGUUAGCAACAAGCAGGUUUGAGUGCAACUUGCCAUGUGAGUGGAACGAAUAUCCCACAGACUGCUGUAUUGAAUGUCAAAGUGUUACGACACCUAAAGGAUAUACAGAAAAGGCUUGUAUUUUUGCUGGUCAGAAGUAUCCGGUUGGAACUGUAAUUCAGACGGAUUUUGCCAUUCCAUGCAUGGUUAUGAUAUGUAAUGAUGAUGGCAUUCUUGUGUUUGUUAAUGAAGUAUAUGACUGCACAGCUGGCUGUCAGGAUGGCGUUGACUACCCACAUCAAUGCUGUGAUGAGUGCAAAACCGUGGAAACCACUACUGUUACUACUGUUCCACCAACUACAACGGCAGCUCCAGAAACAACUACACCAUCAACAACAUCUGCAGAGACUACAACUACUGUUCCAGUUACAACAACACCAGGUGCAAUUGGCGAUGCAGAUGUAGAAACUACGCGUCCACCAAGAACUACACAAACAGCAACUACAACGGCAGCUCCAGAAACAACCACCCAGUCGACAACACCUGUUCCAACAACUACAACGGCAGCUCCAGAAACAACCACCCAAUCGACAGCACCUGAAGGCACUACGACUAUCCCAACACCACCCAGGACCACAACAGUUCCUACAACUACAGUGACUUUAACAGCCUGCCACGAGGAUUGUCACGUCAACUACACAUGCUACGACCAAUGGAGUGCGAGCCAAUCGGGAGAUGCGCCGUGGGAAGGUCCUGCUGAAUGCCGCCAUAUGUUUGGAAGUAAAUACAGACCACAGUGCAGAUGCCAAGACGGUUAUAUUAAGGAUGAUAUAAGUUAUGGCAAUGCCAUGCAAAUCAUGAUGAACCUUGGGGGAGUUCAUAACACCGGUUUGUGUGUCAAGCCUAUUGAAGGAGAUUGUAUGUUUUGUGAGCAUGAAUCCCUCCCGUAUGGGCCGGAGAGCUACUAUAGGGAGAAUUGUGAGGUAUGCACAUGCAAGGAGAAUACCACUUCCCAAACGUACUACUUUGAAUGUGUACCUACUGAUGAUGCUACAUGCAUAAAAGUUACAACCAGUUCUCCAACUGAGAGUUAUUCAACUCGAACCCCCACAACUGAGUUAGCUCCAGUAACAACUCUUCCAACAACAGCAGUGAAAGUACCUCGUACUACAACUCCUGUACCCACCAGUACAUCAUUGCCAUGCAGUGAUGAGUGUCAUGUAACAUUCAGUUGUGAGGAUCAGGCAGCUGUCAUGGACACACCAUACGUAUCACCCUGGACAGCUUUACCUCAGUGCAAGACCUCUUUCUGGGAAGAGGAUUUAAAGUGCAGUUGCAAGGCUGGCUUUGUGAAAGACGACACUAGGUCAACGAGGCGGGCGGUCAUAUUGGAAAAUUUAGGCAAUGUUUAUGAGACUCAAAUGUGUGUUGAACCCCUGGUUGGUGACUGUUACUUCUGUGAGCAUGAUUCGAUUAAUAUUCAGCCCGGAGGUUACUACAGGGAAAAUUGUGAAAAGUGCACUUGCAAGAAGAACAUAACCAGCGGGGAAUAUUACUUUGAUUGUGAGCCAAGUGAUAGCCCUGCUUGCAUAAAUAGGACAGCUUCCACAGCCAGUCAUAUUGCUUAUACUACACUCCAUCCAGCAUCAAGUUCCCCCACAUCUCAACCGACAACUACUGUAACAACGAGUGUUACAACAACUACCACUCCAGCAACCACAACUUCUCCAAUGACUACAGUGACAGAAGAAAUAACAACUACAGUAACAACAACCGCAAGCACCACAGUUGCUGAAGAGACAACAACUGUUACUACCACCACACCUGAAAGCUCCACUACUCAAACAACUACAACAGUGACAACAACUCGAGAAUGUUAUGAUGUUCUGAGCGAGGACCUCACUAAAGACAGUACUAGAUCCUACACUGUACGCUUGCCAUCGUCAACAGCUGAUAUUUCCGCAAUCGAGGUUACUCCCAAUUUAUCAGUAGUCAAGAAUGUAUCUCUCUCUGUUGAGGUGACAACAGAUGGUGAUAAUUAUGAGGAUGUUACAAGUCAGACAAAUCUUCUCACCAGAAACGUCCAGGAUGCACAGGGAAAUCCCAGUACGACUGAACGCUAUGUACAGUUAGAUGGAACUGUAACUGUGGAAAUCAGCUUCUCCGAAAGACUUACGUCAAGUCGUGCAGUUCGAAUAAUUUUUACGGAGGAUACAGACAUCACUUCCAUGACUUUGCAUGGCUGCAAUGAAAGUCCGGUUACAACAACUACAACAUCAGUCCCAGAAACUACCACCCCAUCUACAACAUCUGAACCGACAACUACUGUAACAACAAGUGUUACAACAACUACCACUCCAGCAACCACAACUUCUCCAAUGACUACAGUGACAGAAGAAAUAACAACUACAGUAACAACAACUGCAAGCACCACAGUUGCUGAAGAGACAACAACUGUUACUACCACCACACCUGAAAGCUCCACUACUCAAACAACUACAACAGUGACAACAACUCGAGAAUGUUAUGAUGUUCUGAGCGAGGACCUCACUAAAGACAGUACUAGAUCCUACACUGUACGCUUGCCAUCGUCAACAGCUGAUAUUUCCGCAAUCGAGGUUACUCCCAAUUUAUCAGUAGUCAAGAAUGUAUCUCUCUCUGUUGAGGUGACAACAGAUGGUGAUAAUUAUGAGGAUGUUACAAGUCAGACAAAUCUUCUCACCAGAAACGUCCAGGAUGCACAGGGAAAUCCCAGUACGACUGAACGCUAUGUACAGUUAGAUGGAACUGUAACUGUGGAAAUCAGCUUCUCCGAAAGACUUACGUCAAGUCGUGCAGUUCGAAUAAUUUUUACGGAGGAUACAGACAUCACUUCCAUGACUUUGCAUGGCUGCAAUGAAAGUCCGGUUACAACAACUACAACAUCAGUCCCAGAAACUACCACCCCAUCUACAACAUCUGAACCGACAACUACUGUAACAACAAGUGUUACAACAACUACCACUCCAGCAACCACAACUUCUCCAAUGACUACAGUGACAGAAGAAAUAACAACUACAGUAACAACAACCGCAAGCACCACAGUUGCUGAAGAGACAACAACUGUUACUACCACCACACCUGAAAGCUCCACUACUCAAACAACUACAACAGUGACAACAACUCGAGAAUGUUAUGAUGUUCUGUCCGAGGACUUCACUAAAGACAGUACUAGAUCCUACACUGUACGCUUGCCAUCGGGAACAGCUGAUAUUUCCGCAGUCGAGGUUACUCCCAAUUUAUCAGUAGUCAAGAAUGUAUCUCUCUCUGUUGAGGUGACAACAGAUGGUGAGAAUUAUGAGGAUGUUACAAGUAAGACAAAUCUUCUCGCCAGAAACGUCGAGGAUGCACAGGGAAAUCCCAGUACGACUGAACGCUAUGUACAGUUAGAUGGAACUGUUACUGUGGAAAUCAGCUUCUCCGAAAGACUUACGUCCAGUCGUGCAGUUCGAAUAAUUUUUACGGAGGAUACAGACAUCACUUCCAUGACUUUGCACGGCUGCAAUGAAAGUCUGGUUACAACAACUACAACAUCAGUCCCAGAAACUACCACCCCAUCUACAACAUCUGAACCGACAACUACUGUAACAACAAGUGUUACAACAACUACCACUCCAGCAACCACAACUUCUCCAAUGACUACAGUGACAGAAGAAAUAACAACUACAGUAACAACAACCGCAAGCACCACAGUUGCUGAAGAGACAACAACUGUUACUACCACCACACCUGAAAGCUCCACUACUCAAACAACUACAACAGUGACAACAACUCGAGAAUGUUAUGAUGUUCUGUCCGAGGACCUCACUAAAGACAGUACUAGAUCCUACACUGUACGCUUGCCAUCGGGAACAGCUGAUAUUUCCGCAAUUGAGGUUACUCCCAAUUUAUCAGUAGUCAAGAAUGUAUCUCUCUCUGUUGAGGUGACAACAGAUGGUGAGAAUUAUGAGGAUGUUACAAGUCAGACAAAUCUUCUCACCAGAAACGUCGAGGAUGCACAGGGAAAUCCCAGUACGACUGAACGCUAUGUACAGUUAGAUGGAGCUGUUACUGUGGAAAUCAGCUUCUCCGAAAGACUUACGUCCAGUCGUGCAGUUCGAAUAAUUUUUACGGAGGAUACAGACAUCACUUCCAUGACUUUGCAUGGCUGCAAUGAAAGUCCGGUUACAACAACUACAACAUCAGUCCCAGAAACUACCACCCCAUCUACAACAUCUGAACUUUCAACAACACCAAGUGAUAUAGGUGAUGCAGAUGGAUCUCCCCCAUCAAGGACUAGACCAACUGUGACAGAGGAAACAACAACUACUGUCACGACAACAGCAAGCACCACAGUUUCUGAAGAGACAACAACUGUUACUACAACCACACCUGAAAGCUCCACCACUCAGACAACUACAACAGUAACAACAACUCCAGAACUGUCAACAGAACCAAUUGAUACUGGCGAUGGAGAGCCUACAACUACUGUCACAACAACAAGUGUUACAACCACUACUUUGCCAGCAACCACAACUGCUCCAACCACUACAGUGACAGAGGAAACAACAACUACUGUCACGACGACAGCAAGCACCACAGUUUCUGAAGAGACAACAACUGUUACUACCACCACACCUGAAAGUUCCACUACUCAGACAACUACAACAUUCACAACUCAAGAUGAGUGUGAGGAGCAGGACUUGGAUAAAUUGAAUGUUAUAAUCACCCUUAUCCCUACUGAUGGAAAUGGUAAUAGCAGUACUAAUGGUAUAAUUACACUGGAGUCCGAAGUCCCUAAGUUCACUGUAUCACUUUCUUCCCCUGGGAACACAAUAACAGUGAAUGCGCUGACUUUGUCUGAGCAGGGUGAAGGAGGAAACAACGAUGCAGUACGGAGGGUUCGCAUCUCAAAUAUUGUGAGCAGUACAGGAGAAGUUGAUACGGAGGAAUAUCCUGUUAACUCCACUACUCUUGAAAGUGGAAUGUUUGUAGUGCGAAAUACAUUUAAUGAUGAAUCUGUGGAAUCUUUUGACAUUGAAGUACUGGAUAUCACCAGCAUGCCUAUAACCAUAAACGUGACAGUCAGAGGAUGCCUUGAAUUAGAGCCUACAACUACUGCCACAACAACAAGCAUUGCAACGACUACCACCCCAGCAACCACAACUGCUCCAACCACUACAGUGACAGAGGAAACAACAACUACUGUCACGACGACAGCAAGCACCACAGUUUCUGAAGAGACAACAACUGUUACUACCACCACACCUGAAAGUUCCACUACUCAGACAACUACAACAUUCACAACUCAAGAUGAGUGUGAGGAGCAGGACUUGGAUAAAUUGAAUGUUAUAAUCACCCUUAUCCCUACUGAUGGAAAUGGUAAUAGCAGUACUAAUGGUAUAAUUACACUGGAGUCCGAAGUCCCUAAGUUCACUGUAUCGCUUUCUUCCCCUGGGAACACAAUAACAGUGAAUGCGCUGACUUUGUCUGAGCAGGGUGAAGGAGGAAACAACAAUGCAGUAAGGAGGGUUCGCAUCUCAAAUAUUGUGAGCAGUACAGGAGAAGUUGAUACGGAGGAAUAUCCUGUUAACUCCACUACUCUUGAAAGUGGAAUGUUUGUAGUGCGAAAUACAUUUAAUGAUGAAUCUGUGGAAUCUUUUGACAUUGAAGUACUGGAUAUCACCAGCAUGCCUAUAACCAUAAACGUGACAGUCAGAGGAUGCCUUGAAUUAGAGCCUACAACUACUGUCACAACAACAAGCAUUGCAACGACUACCACCCCUGCAACUACAACUGCUCCAACCACUACAGUGACAGAGGAAACAACAACUACUGUCACAACAACAGUAAGCACUACAAUUUCUGAAGAGACAACAACUGUUACUACCACCACACCUGAAAGCUCCACUACUCAGACAACUACAACAGUAACAACAACUCCAGAUGAGUGUGAGGAGCAGGACUUGGAUAAAUUGAAUGUUAUAAUCACCCUUAUCCCUACUGAUGGAAAUGGUAAUAGCAGUACUAAUGGUAUAAUUACACUGGAGUCCGAAGUCCCUAAGUUCACUGUAUCGCUUUCUUCCCCUGGGAACACAAUAACAGUGAAUGCGCUGACUUUGUCUGAGCAGGGUGAAGGAGGAAACAACAAUGCAGUACGGAGGGUUCGCAUCUCAAAUAUUGUGAGCAGUACAGGAGAAGUUGAUACGGAGGAAUAUCCUGUUAACUCCACUACUCCUGAAAGUGGAAUGUUUGUAGUGCGAAAUACAUUUAAUGAUGAAUCUGUGGAAUCUUUUGACAUUGAAGUACUGGAUAUCACCAGCAUGCCUAUAACCAUAAACGUGACAGUCAGAGGAUGCCUUGAAUUAGAGCCGACAACUACUGUCACAACAACAAGCAUUGCAACGACUACCACCCCUGCAACUACAACUGCUCCAACCACUACAGUGACAGAGGAAACAACAACUACUGUCACGACAACAGCAAGCACUACAGUUUCUGAAGAGACAACAACUGUUACUACCACCACACCUGAAAGCUCCACUACUCAGACAACUACAACAGUAACAACAACUCCAGAACUUUCAACAACACCAAGUGAUAUAGGUGAUGCAGAUGGAUCUCCCCCAUCCAGGACUAGACCAACUGUGACAGAGGAAACAACAACUACUGUCACGACAACAGCAAGCACCACAGUUUCUGAAGAGACAUCAACUGUUACUACAACCACACCUGAAAGCUCCACCACUCAGACAACUACAACAGUAACAACAACUCCAGAACUUUCAACAGAACCAAUUGAUACUGGCGAUGCAGAGCCUACAACUACUGUCACAACAACAAGUGUUACAACCACUACUUUGCCAGCAACCACAACUGCUCCAACCACUACAGUAACAGAAGAAAUGACAACUACUGUCACAACGACAGCAAGCACCACAGUUUCUGAAGAGACAACAACUGUUACUACGACCACACCUGAAAGCUCCACUACUCAGACAACUACAAAAGUAACAACUCAAGAUGAGUGUGAGGAGCAGGACUUGGAUAAAUUGAAUGUUAUAAUCACCCUUAUCCCUACUGAUGGAAAUGGUAAUAGCAGUACUAAUGGUAUAAUUACACUGGAGUCCGAAGUCCCUAAGUUCACUGUAUCGCUUUCUUCCCCUGGGAACACAAUAACAGUGAAUGCGCUGACUUUGUCUGAGCAGGGUGAAGGAGGAAACAACAAUCCAGUACGGAGGGUUCGCAUCUCAAAUAUUGUGAGCAGUACAGGAGAAGUUGAUACGGAGGAAUAUCCUGUUAACUCCACUACUCUUGAAAGUGGAAUGUUUGUAGUGCGAAAUACAUUUAAUGAUGAAUCUGUGGAAUCUUUUGACAUUGAAGUACUGGAUAUCACCAGCAUGCCUAUAACCAUAAACGUGACAGUCAGAGGAUGCCUUGAAUUAGAGCCGACAACUACUGUCACAACAACAAGCAUUGCAACGACUACCACCCCUGCAACUACAACUGCUCCAACCACUACAGUGACAGAGGAAACAACAACUACUGUCACGACAACAGCAAGCACUACAGUUUCUGAAGAGACAACAACUGUUACUACCACCACACCUGAAAGCUCCACUACUCAGACAACUACAACAGUAACAACAACUCCAGAUGAGUGUGAGGAGCAGGACUUGGAUAAAUUGAAUGUUAUAAUCACCCUUAUCCCUACUGAUGGAAAUGGUAAUAGCAGUACUAAUGGUAUAAUUACACUGGAGUCCGAAGUCCCUAAGUUCACUGUAUCGCUUUCUUCCCCUGGGAACACAAUAACAGUGAAUGCGCUGACUUUGUCUGAGCAGGGUGAAGGAGGAAACAACAAUCCAGUACGGAGGGUUCGCAUCUCAAAUAUUGUGAGCAGUACAGGAGAAGUUGAUACGGAGGAAUAUCCUGUUAACUCCACUACUCUUGAAAGUGGAAUGUUUGUAGUGCGAAAUACAUUUAAUGAUGAAUCUGUGGAAUCUUUUGACAUUGAAGUACUGGAUAUCACCAGCAUGCCUAUAACCAUAAACGUGACAGUCAGAGGAUGCCUUGAAUUAGAGCCUACAACUACUGUCACAACAACAAGCAUUGCAACGACUACCACCCCAGCAACCACAACUGCUCCAACCACUACAGUGACAGAGGAAACAACAACUACUGUCACGACAACAGCAAGCACUACAGUUUCUGAAGAGACAACAACUGUUACUACCACCACACCUGAAAGUUCCACUACUCAGACAACUACAACAUUCACAACUCAAGAUGAGUGUGAGGAGCAGGACUUGGAUAAAUUGAAUGUUAUAAUCACCCUUAUCCCUACUGAUGGAAAUGGUAAUAGCAGUACUAAUGGUAUAAUUACACUGGAGUCCGAAGUCCCUAAGUUCACUGUAUCGCUUUCUUCCCCUGGGAACACAAUAACAGUGAAUGCGCUGACUUUGUCUGAGCAGGGUGAAGGAGGAAACAACAAUGCAGUACGGAGGGUUCGCAUCUCAAAUAUUGUGAGCAGUACAGGAGAAGUUGAUACGGAGGAAUAUCCUGUUAACUCCACUACUCUUGAAAGUGGAAUGUUUGUAGUGCGAAAUACAUUUAAUGAUGAAUCUGUGGAAUCUUUUGACAUUGAAGUACUGGAUAUCACCAGCAUGCCUAUAACCAUAAACCUGACAGUCAGAGGAUGCCUUGAAUUAGAGCCUACAACUACUGUCACAACAACAAGCAUUGCAACAACUACCACCCCUGCAACCACAACUGCUCCAACCACUACAGUGACAGAGGAAACAACAACUACUGUCACAACAACAGCAAGCACUACAAUUUCUGAAGAGACAACAACUGUUACUACCACCACACCUGAAAGCUCCACUACUCAGACAACUACAACAGUAACAACAACUCCAGAUGAGUGUGAGGAGCAGGACUUGGAUAAAUUGAAUGUUAUAAUCACCCUUAUCCCUACUGAUGGAAAUGGUAAUAGCAGUACUAAUGGUAUAAUUACACUGGAGUCCGAAGUCCCUAAGUUCACUGUAUCGCUUUCUUCCCCUGGGAACACAAUAACAGUGAAUGCGCUGACUUUGUCUGAGCAGGGUGAAGGAGGAAACAAUAAUGCAGUACGGAGGGUUCGCAUCUCAAAUAUUGUGAGCAGUACAGGAGAAGUUGAUACGGAGGAAUAUCCUGUUAACUCCACUACUCUUGAAAGUGGAAUGUUUGUAGUGCGAAAUACAUUUAAUGAUGAAUCUGUGGAAUCUUUUGACAUUGAAGUACUGGAUAUCACCAGCAUGCCUAUAACCAUAAACGUGACAGUCAGAGGAUGCCUUGAAUUAGAGCCUACAACUGCUGUCACAACAACAAGCAUUGCAACGACUACCACCCCAGCAACUACAACUGCUCCAACCACUACAGUGACAGAGGAAACAACAACUACUGUCACGACGACAGCAAGCACUACAGUUUCUGAAGAGACAACAACUGUUACUACCACCACACCUGAAAGCUCCACUACUCAGACAACUACAACAGUAACAACAACUCAAGAACUUUCAACAACCCCAAGUGAUAUAGGUGAUGCAGAUGGAUCUCCCCCAUCAAGGACUAGACCAACUGUGACAGAGGAAAUAACAACUACUGUCACGACAACAGCAAGCACCACAGUUCCUGAAGAGACAUCAACUGUUACUACGACCACACCUGAAAGCUCCACUACUCAGACAACUACAACAGUAACAACUCAAGAAUGUUAUGAUGUUCUGACCGAGGACCUCAAUAAAGACAGUACUAGAUCCUACACUGUACGCUUGCCAUCGGGCACAGUGGAUAUUUCCGCAAUCGAGGUUACUCCCAAUUUAUCAGGAGUCAAGAAUGUAUCUCUCUCUGUGGAGGUGACAACAGAUGGUGAGAAUUAUGAGGAUGUUACAAGUAAGACAAAUCUUCCCGCCAGAAACGUCCAGGAUGCACAGGGAAAUCCCAGUACGACUGAACGCUAUAUACAGUUAGAUGGAACUGUUACUGUGGAAAUCAUCUUCUCAGAAAGACUUACGUCCAGCCGUGCAGUUCGAAUAAUUUUUACGGAGGAUACAGACAUCACUUCCAUGACUUUGCAUGGCUGCAAUGAAAGUUCGGUUACAACAACUACAACAUCAGUCCCAGAAACUACCACCAAAUCUACAACAUCUGAACCGACAACUACUGUAACAACGAGUGUUUCAACAACAACCACUCCAGCAACCACAACUUCUCCAAUGACGACAGUGACAGAAGAAAUGACAACUACAGUAACAACAACCGCAAGCACCACAGUUUCUGAAGAGACGACAACUCUUACUACCACCACACCUGAAAGCUCCACUACUCAAACAACUACAACAGUGACAACAACUCGAGAAUGUUAUGAUCUUCUGACCGAGGACCUCACUAAAGACAGUACUAGAUCUUACACUGUACGCUUGCCAUCGUCAACAGCUGAUAUUUCCGCAAUCGAGGUUACUCCCAAUUUAUCAGGAGUCAAGAAUGUAUCUCUCUCUGUUGAGGUGACAACAGAUGGUGAUAAUUAUGAGGAUGUAACAAGUAAGACAAAUCUUCUCGUCAGAAACGUCCAGGAUGCACAGGGAAAUCCCAGUACGACUGAACGCUAUGUACAGUUAGAUGGAACUGUUACUGUGGAAAUCAGCUUCUCAGAAAGACUUGCGUCCAGCCGUGCAGUUCGAAUAAUUUUUACAGAGGAUACAGACAUCACUUCCAUGACUUUGCAUGGCUGCAACGAAAGUCCGGUUACAACAACUACAACAUCAGUCCCAGAAACUACCACCAAAUCUACAACAUCUGAACCGACAACUACUGUAACAACGAGUGUUUCAACAACUACCACUCCAGCAACCACAACUUCUCCAAUGACGACAGUGAAAGAAGAAACAACAACUACAGUAACAACAACCGCAAGCACCACAGUUUCUGAAGAGACGACAACUCUUACUACCACCACACCUGAAAGCUCCACUACUCAAACAACUACAACAGUGACAACAACUCGAGAAUGUUAUGAUCUUCUGACCGAGGACCUCACUAAAGACAGUACUAGAUCUUACACUGUACGCUUGCCAUCGUCAACAGCUGAUAUUUCCGCAAUCGAGGUUACUCCCAAUUUAUCAGGAGUCAAGAAUGUAUCUCUCUCUGUUGAGGUGACAACAGAUGGUGAUAAUUAUGAGGAUGUAACAAGUAAGACAAAUCUUCUCGUCAGAAACGUCCAGGAUGCACAGGGAAAUCCCAGUACGACUGAACGCUAUGUACAGUUAGAUGGAACUGUUACUGUGGAAAUCAGCUUCUCAGAAAGACUUGCGUCCAGCCGUGCAGUUCGAAUAAUUUUUACAGAGGAUACAGACAUCACUUCCAUGACUUUGCAUGGCUGCAACGAAAGUCCGGUUACAACAACUACAACAUCAGUCCCAGAAACUACCACCAAAUCUACAACAUCUGAACCGACAACUACUGUAACAACGAGUGUUUCAACAACUACCACUCCAGCAACCACAACUUCUCCAAUGACGACAGUGAAAGAAGAAACAACAACUACAGUAACAACAACCGCAAGCACCACAGUUUCUGAAGAGACGACAACUCUUACUACCACCACACCUGAAAGCUCCACUACUCAAACAACUACAACAGUGACAACAACUCGAGAAUGUUAUGAUCUUCUGACCGAGGACCUCACUAAAGACAGUACUAGAUCUUACACUGUACGCUUGCCAUCGUCAACAGCUGAUAUUUCCGCAAUCGAGGUUACUCCCAAUUUAUCAGGAGUCAAGAAUGUAUCUCUCUCUGUUGAGGUGACAACAGAUGGUGAUAAUUAUGAGGAUGUAACAAGUAAGACAAAUCUUCUCGUCAGAAACGUCCAGGAUGCACAGGGAAAUCCCAGUACGACUGAACGCUAUGUACAGUUAGAUGGAACUGUUACUGUGGAAAUCAGCUUCUCAGAAAGACUUGCGUCCAGCCGUGCAGUUCGAAUAAUUUUUACAGAGGAUACAGACGUCACUUCCAUGACUUUGCAUGGCUGCAACGAAAGUCCGGUUACAACAACUACAACAUCAGUCCCAGAAACUACCACCAAAUCUACAACAUCUGAACCGACAACUACUGUAACAACGAGUGUUUCAACAACUACCACUCCAGCAACCACAACUUCUCCAAUGACGACAGUGAAAGAAGAAACAACAACUACAGUAACAACAACCGCAAGCACCACAGUUUCUGAAGAGACGACAACUCUUACUACCACCACACCUGAAAGCUCCACUACUCAAACAACUACAACAGUGACAACAACUCGAGAAUGUUAUGAUCUUCUGACCGAGGACCUCACUAAAGACAGUACUAGAUCUUACACUGUACGCUUGCCAUCGUCAACAGCUGAUAUUUCCGCAAUCGAGGUUACUCCCAAUUUAUCAGGAGUCAAGAAUGUAUCUCUCUCUGUUGAGGUGACAACAGAUGGUGAUAAUUAUGAGGAUGUAACAAGUAAGACAAAUCUUCUCGUCAGAAACGUCCAGGAUGCACAGGGAAAUCCCAGUACGACUGAACGCUAUGUACAGUUAGAUGGAACUGUUACUGUGGAAAUCAGCUUCUCAGAAAGACUUGCGUCCAGCCGUGCAGUUCGAAUAAUUUUUACAGAGGAUACAGACAUCACUUCCAUGACUUUGCAUGGCUGCAACGAAAGUCCGGUUACAACAACUACAACAUCAGUCCCAGAAACUACCACCAAAUCUACAACAUCUGAACCGACAACUACUGUAACAACGAGUGUUUCAACAACUACCACUCCAGCAACCACAACUUCUCCAAUGACGACAGUGAAAGAAGAAACAACAACUACAGUAACAACAACCGCAAGCACCACAGUUUCUGAAGAGACGACAACUCUUACUACCACCACACCUGAAAGCUCCACUACUCAAACAACUACAACAGUGACAACAACUCGAGAAUGUUAUGAUCUUCUGACCGAGGACCUCACUAAAGACAGUACUAGAUCUUACACUGUACGCUUGCCAUCGUCAACAGCUGAUAUUUCCGCAAUCGAGGUUACUCCCAAUUUAUCAGGAGUCAAGAAUGUAUCUCUCUCUGUUGAGGUGACAACAGAUGGUGAUAAUUAUGAGGAUGUAACAAGUAAGACAAAUCUUCUCGUCAGAAACGUCCAGGAUGCACAGGGAAAUCCAAGUACGACUGAACGCUAUUUACAGUUAGAUGGAACUGUUACUGUGGAAAUCAGCUUCUCAGAAAGACUUGCGUCCAGCCGUGCAGUUCGAAUAAUUUUUACGGAGGAUACAGACAUCACUUCCAUGACUUUGCAUGGCUGCAAUGAAAGUCCGGUUACAACAACUACAACAUCAGUCCCAGAAACUACCACCUCAUCUACAAUUUCUGGUUAUUGUGCUGAUCCCUUGGUAAAACUAAAUGGAAAUGUGAAAAUCGAUGAUAAUGGAUCCAUGAUUUCAGCCAUGUUUAGUGAACCAGCCAUGGUUACUGGUGUGGCAGUAGAAGGAUUGACUGAUUCUUUUAGAUUGGAGUACACGACUGUCCAGGGAAGAAACAGUUCCUAUCUGGAUGAAAGCCAAAUGAUUAAGGUGUUUGUUCUUGAUGGUUCUGAGAACACUGCAGAUAGAUUUAAUGUCAACAUCACUGAUCCAAUAACAGAUCUGCGGAUCAUCCCUGACAACUACCCCACAGAUGUAAUGUGGAACUUACAAAUAUACGGAUGCACAGAGCCUACAACUACUGUCACAACAAUAAGCAUUGCAACGACUACCACCCCAGCAACUACAACUGCUCCAAUCACUACAGUGACAGAGGAAACAACAACUACUGUCACGACGACAGCAAGCACCACAGUUUCUGAAGAGACAACAACUGUUACUACCACCACACCUGAAAGCUCAACUACUCAGACAACUACAACAGUAACAACAACUCCAGAACUUUCAACAACACCAAGUGAUAUAGGUGAUGCAGAUGGAUCUCCCCCAUCAAGGACUAGACCAACUGUGACAGAGGAAACAACAACUACUGUCACAACGACAGCAAGCACCACAGUUUCUGAAGAGACAACAACUGUUACUACCACCACACCUGAAAGUUCCACUACUCAGACAACUACAACAUUAACAACUCAAGAUGAGUGUGAGGAGCAGGACUUGGAUAAAUUGAAUGUUAUAAUCACCCUUAUCCCUACUGAUGGAAAUGGUAAUAGCAGUACUAAUGGUAUAAUUACUCUGGAGUCCGAAGUCCCUAAGUUCACUGUAUCGCUUUCUUCCCCUGGGAACACAAUAACAGUGAAUGCGCUGACUUUGUCUGAGCAGGGUGAAGGAGGAAACAACAAUCCAGUACGGAGGGUUCGCAUCUCAAAUAUUGUGAGCAGUACAGGAGAAGUUGAUACAGAGGAAUAUCCUGUUAACUCCACUGCUCUUGAAAGUGGAAUGUUUGUAGUGCGAAAUACAUUUAAUGAUGAAUCUGUGGAAUCUUUUGACAUUGAAGUACUGGAUAUCACCAGCAUGCCUAUAACCAUAAACGUGACAGUCAGAGGAUGCCUUGAAUUAGAGCCUACAACUACUGUCACAACAACAAGCAUUGCAACGACUACCACCCCAGCAACCACAAUUGCUCCAACCACUACAGUGACAGAGGAAACAACAACUACUGUCACGACGACAGCAAGCACUACAGUUUCUGAAGAGACAACAACUGUUACUGCCACCACACCUGAAAGUUCCACUACUCAGACAACUACAACAUUAACAACUCAAGAUGAGUGUGAGGAGCAGGACUUGGAUAAAUUGAAUGUUAUAAUCACCCUUAUCCCUACUGAUGGAAAUGGUAAUAGCAGUACUAAUGGUAUAAUUACACUGGAGUCCGAAGUCCCUAAGUUCACUGUAUCGCUUUCUUCCCCUGGGAACACAAUAACAGUGAAUGCGCUGACUUUGUCUGAGCAGGGUGAAGGAGGAAACAACAAUCCAGUACGGAGGGUUCGCAUCUCAAAUAUUGUGAGCAGUACAGGAGAAGUUGAUACGGAGGAAUAUCCUGUUAACUCCACUGCUCUUGAAAGUGGAAUGUUUGUAGUGCGAAAUACAUUUAAUGAUGAAUCUGUGGAAUCUUUUGACAUUGAAGUACUGGAUAUCACCAGCAUGCCUAUAACCGUAAACGUGACAGUCAGAGGAUGCCUUGAAUUAGAGCCGACAACUACUGUCACAACAUCAAGCAUUGCAACGACUACCACCCCAGCAACUACAACUGCUCCAACCACUACAGUGACAGAGGAAACAACAACUACUGUCACGACAACAGCAAGCACUACAGUUUCUGAAGAGACAACAACUGUUACUACCACCACACCUGAAAGUUCCACUACUCAGACAACUACAACAUUAACAACUCAAGAUGAGUGUGAGGAGCAGGACUUGGAUAAAUUGAAUGUUAUAGUCACCCUUAUCCCUACUGAUGGAAAUGGUAAUAGCAGUACUAAUGGUAAAAUUACACUGGAGUCCGAAGUCCCUAAGUUCACUGUAUCGCUUUCUUCCCCUGGGAACACAAUAACAGUGAAUGCGCUGACUUUGUCUGAGCAGGGUGAAGGAGGAAACAACAAUCCAGUACGGAGGGUUCGCAUCUCAAAUAUUGUGAGCAGUACAGGAGAAGUUGAUACGGAGGAAUAUCCUGUUAACUCCACUGCUCUUGAAAGUGGAAUGUUUGUAGUGCGAAAUACAUUUAAUGAUGAAUCUGUGGAAUCUUUUGACAUUGAAGUACUGGAUAUCACCAGCAUGCCUGUAACCAUAAACGUGACAGUCAGAGGAUGCCUUGAAUUAGAGCCUACAACUACUGUCACAACAACAAGCAUUGCAACGACUACCACCCCAGCAACUACAACUGCUCCAACCACUACAGUGACAGAGGAAACAACAACUACUGUCACGACGACAGCAAGCACUACAGUUUCUGAAGAGACAACAACUGUUACUACCACCACACCUGAAAGUUCCACUACUCAGACAACUACAACAUUAACAACUCAAGAUGAGUGUGAGGAGCAGGACUUGGAUAAAUUGAAUGUUAUAAUCACCCUUAUCCCUACUGAUGGAAAUGGUAAUAGCAGUACUAAUGGUAUAAUUACACUGGAGUCCGAAGUCCCUAAGUUCACUGUAUCGCUUUCUUCCCCUGGGAACACAAUAACAGUGAAUGCGCUGACUUUGUCUGAGCAGGGUGAAGGAGGAAACAACAAUCCAGUACGGAGGGUUCGCAUCUCAAAUAUUGUGAGCAGUACAGGAGAAGUUGAUACGGAGGAAUAUCCUGUUAACUCCACUGCUCUUGAAAGUGGAAUGUUUGUAGUGCGAAAUACAUUUAAUGAUGAAUCUGUGGAAUCUUUUGACAUUGAAGUACUGGAUAUCACCAGCAUGCCUGUAACCAUAAACGUGACAGUCAGAGGAUGCCUUGAAUUAGAGCCUACAACUACUGUCACAACAACAAGCAUUGCAACAACUACCACUCCAGCAACCACAACUGCUCCAACCACUACAGUGACAGAGGAAACAACAACUACUGUCACAACGACAGCAAGUACUACAGUUUCUGAAGAGACAACAACUGUUACUACCACCACACCUGAAAGCUUCACUACUCAGACAACUACAACAGUAACAACAACUCCAGAACUUUCAACAACACCAAGUGAUAUAGGUGAUGCAGAUGGAUCUCCCCCAUCAAGGACUAGACCAACUGUGACAGAGGAAAAAACAACUACUGUCACGACGACAGCAAGCACCACAGUUUCUGAAGAGACAACAACUGUUACUACAACCACACCUGAAAGCUCCACUACUCAGACAACUACAACAGUAACAACAACGACUCCAGAUACAGAGCCUACAACUACUGUCACAACAACAAGCGUUGCAACGACUACCACCCCAGCAACUACAACUGCUCCAACCACUACAGUGACAGAGGAAACAACAACUACUCUCACGACGACAGCAAGCACCACAGUUUCUGAAGAGACAACAACUGUUACUACAACCACACCUGAAAGCUCCACUACUCACACAAUGACAACAGUAACAACAACAACUCCAGAGCCUACAACUACUGUCACAACAACCACUGUUGCUACCACUACCACCCCAGCAACUACAACUGCUCCAACCACUACAGUGACAGAGGAAACAACAGCUACUGUCACGACGACAGCAAGCACCACAGUUUCUGAAGAGACAACAACUGUUACUACAACCACACCUGAAAGCUCCACUACUCAGACAACUACAACAGUAAAAACAACUCCAGAACUGUCAACAGAACCAAUUGAUACUGGCGAUGGAGAUGUAGAAACUCCCCGAUCAAGAACUGGACAAACUGAGCCUACAACUACUGUCACAACAACAAGUGUUACAACCACUACUUUGCCAGCAACCACAACUGCUCCAGCCACUACAGUAACAGAAGAAAUUACAACUACUGUCACGACGAUAGCAAGCACCACAGUUUCUGAAGAGACAACAACUGUUACUACCACCACACCUGAAAGCUCCACUACUCAGACAACUACAACAGUAACAACUCAAGAUGAGUGUGAGGAGCAGGACUUGGAUAAAUUGAAUGUUAUAAUCACCCUUAUCCCUACUGAUGGAAAUGGUGAUGGCAGUACUAAUGGUAUAAUUACACUGGAGUCCGAAGUCCCUAAGUUCACUGUAUCGCUUUCUUCCCCUGGGAACACAAUAACAGUGAAUGCGCUGACUUUGUUUGAGCAGGGUGAAGGAGAAAACAACAAUGCAGUACGGAGGGUUCGCAUCUCAAAUAUUGUGAGCAGUACAGGAGAAGUUGAUACGGAGGAAUAUCCUGUUAACUCCACUACUCUUGAAAGUGGAAUGUUUGUAGUGCGAAAUACGUUUAAUGAUGAAUCUGUGGAAUCUUUUGACAUUGAAGUACUGGAUAUCACCAGCAUGCCUGUAACCAUAAACGUGACAGUCAGAGGAUGCCUUGAAUUAGAGCCUACAACUUCUGUCACAACAACAAGCAUUGCAACGACUACCACCCCAGCAACUACAACUGCUCCAACCACUACAGUGACAGAGGAAACAACAACUACUGUCACGACGACAGCAAGCACCACAGUUUCUGAAGAGACAACAACUGUUACUACCACCACACCUGAAAGUUCCACUACUCAGACAACUACAACAUUCACAACUCAAGAUGAGUGUGAGGAGCAGGACUUGGAUAAAUUGAAUGUCAUGAUCACCCUUAUCCCUACUGAUGGAAAUGGUGAUAGCAGUACUAAUGGUAUAAUUACACUGGAAUCCGAAGUCCCUAAGUUCACUGUAUCGCUUUCUUCCCCUGGGAACACAAUAACAGUGAAUGCGCUGACUUUGUUUGAGCAGGGUGAAGGAGGAAACAACAAUCCAGUACGGAGGGUUCGCAUCUCAAAUAUUGUGAGCAGCACAGGAGAAGUUGAUACGGAGGAAUAUCCUGUUAACUCCACUGCUCUUGAAAGUGGAAUGUUUGUAGUGCGAAAUACAUUUAAUGAUGAAUCUGUGGAAUCUUUUGACAUUGAAGUACUGGAUAGCACCAGCAUGCCUAUAACCAUAAACGUGACAGUCAGAGGAUGCCUUAAAUUAGAGCCUACAACUUCUGUCACAACAACAAGCAUUGCAACGACUACCACCCCAGCAACUACAACUGCUCCAACCACUACAGUGACAGAGGAAACAACAACUACUGUCACGACGACAGCAAGCACCACAGUUUCUGAAGAGACAACAACUGUUACUACCACCACACCUGAAAGUUCCACUACUCAGACAACUACAACAUUCACAACUCAAGAUGAGUGUGAGGAGCAGGACUUGGAUAAAUUGAAUGUCAUGAUCACCCUUAUCCCUACUGAUGGAAAUGGUGAUAGCAGUACUAAUGGUAUAAUUACACUGGAAUCCGAAGUCCCUAAGUUCACUGUAUCGCUUUCUUCCCCUGGGAACACAAUAACAGUGAAUGCGCUGACUUUGUUUGAGCAGGGUGAAGGAGGAAACAACAAUCCAGUACGGAGGGUUCGCAUCUCAAAUAUUGUGAGCAGCACAGGAGAAGUUGAUACGGAGGAAUAUCCUGUUAACUCCACUGCUCUUGAAAGUGGAAUGUUUGUAGUGCGAAAUACAUUUAAUGAUGAAUCUGUGGAAUCUUUUGACAUUGAAGUACUGGAUAGCACCAGCAUGCCUAUAACCAUAAACGUGACAGUCAGAGGAUGCCUUAAAUUAGAGCCUACAACUUCUGUCACAACAACAAGCAUUGCAACGACUACCACCCCAGCAACUACAACUGCUCCAACCACUACAGUGACAGAGGAAACAACAACUACUGUCACGACGACAGCAAGCACCACAGUUUCUGAAGAGACAACAACUGUUACUACCACCACACCUGAAAGUUCCACUACUCAGACAACUACAACAUUCACUACUCAAGAUGAGUGUGAGGAGCAGGACUUGGAUAAAUUGAAUGUUAUAAUCACCCUUAUCCCUACUGAUGGAAAUGGUGAUAGCAGUACUAAUGGUAUAAUUACACUGGAAUCCGAAGUCCCUAAGUUCACUGUAUCGCUUUCUUCCCCUGGGAACACAAUAACAGUGAAUGCGCUGACUUUGUUUGAGCAGGGUGAAGGAGGAAACAACAAUGCAGUACGGAGGGUUCGCAUCUCAAAUAUUGUGAGCAGUACAGGAGAAGUUGAUACGGAGGAAUAUCCUGUUAACUCCACUGCUCUUGAAAGUGGAAUGUUUGUAGUGCGAAAUACAUUUAAUGAUGAAUCUGUGGAAUCUUUUGACAUUGAAGUACUGGAUAGCACCAGCAUGCCUAUAACCAUAAACGUGACAGUCAGAGGAUGCCUUAAAUUAGAGCCUACAACUUCUGUCACAACAACAAGCAUUGCAACGACUACCACCCCAGCAACUACAACUGCUCCAACCACUACAGUGACAGAGGAAACAACAACUACUGUCACGACGACAGCAAGCACCACAGUUUCUGAAGAGACAACAACUGUUACUACCACCACACCUGAAAGUUCCACUACUCAGACAACUACAACAUUCACAACUCAAGAUGAGUGUGAGGAGCAGGACUUGGAUAAAUUGAAUGUUAUAAUCACCCUUAUCCCUACCGAUGGAAAUGGUGAUAGCAGUACUAAUGGUAUAAUUACACUGGAAUCCGAAGUCCCUAAGUUCACUGUAUCGCUUUCUUCCCCGGGGAACACAAUAACAGUGAAUGCGCUGACUUUGUUUGAGCAGGGUGAAGGAGGAAACAACAAUGCAGUACGGAGGGUUCGCAUCUCAAAUAUUGUGAGCAGUACAGGAGAAGUUGAUACGGAGGAAUAUCCUGUUAACUCCACUGCUCUUGAAAGUGGAAUGUUUGUAGUGCGAAAUACAUUUAAUGAUGAAUCUGUGGAAUCUUUUGACAUUGAAGUACUGGAUAGCACCAGCAUGCCUAUAACCAUAAACGUGACAGUCAGAGGAUGCCUUAAAUUAGAGCCUACAACUUCUGUCACAACAACAAGCAUUGCAACGACUACCACCCCAGCAACUACAACUGCUCCAACCACUACAGUGACAGAGGAAACAACAACUACUGUCACGACGACAGCAAGCACCACAGUUUCUGAAGAGACAACAACUGUUACUACCACCACACCUGAAAGUUCCACUACUCAGACAACUACAACAUUCACAACUCAAGAUGAGUGUGAGGAGCAGGACUUGGAUAAAUUGAAUGUUAUAAUCACCCUUAUCCCUACCGAUGGAAAUGGUGAUAGCAGUACUAAUGGUAUAAUUACACUGGAAUCCGAAGUCCCUAAGUUCACUGUAUCGCUUUCUUCCCCUGGGAACACAAUAACAGUGAAUGCGCUGACUUUGUUUGAGCAGGGUGAAGGAGGAAACAACAAUCCAGUACGGAGGGUUCGCAUCUCAAAUAUUGUGAGCAGUACAGGAGAAGUUGAUACGGAGGAAUAUCCUGUUAACUCCACUGCUCUUGAAAGUGGAAUGUUUGUAGUGCGAAAUACAUUUAAUGAUGAAUCUGUGGAAUCUUUUGACAUUGAAGUACUGGAUAGCACCAGCAUGCCUAUAACCAUAAACGUGACAGUCAGAGGAUGCCUUAAAUUAGAGCCUACAACUACUGUCACAACAACAAGCAUUACAACAACUACCACUCCAGCAACCACAACUGCUCCAACCACUAAAGUGACAGAGGAAACAACAACUACUGUCACAAUGACAGCAAGCACCACAGUUUCUGAAGAGACAACAACUGUUACUACCACCACACCUGAAAGUUCCACUACUCAGACAACUACAACAGUAACAACAACUCCAGAACUUUCAACAACACCAAGUGAUGUAGGUGAUGCAGAUGGAUCUCCCCCAUCAAGGACUAGACCAACUGUGACAGAGGAAACAACAACUACUGUCACGACGACAGCAAGCACCACAGUUUCUGAAGAGACAACAACUGUUACUACGACCACACCUGAAAGCUCCACUACUCAGACAACUACAACAGUAACAACAACUCCAGAACUGUCAACAGAACCAAUUGAUACUGGCGAUGGAGAUGUAGAAACUCCCCGAUCAAGAACUGGACAAACUGAGCCUACAACUACUGUCACAACAACAAGUGUUACAACCACUACUUUGCCAGCAACCACAACUGCUCCAACCACUACAGUAACAGAAGAAAUUACAACUACUGUCACGACGAUAGCAAGUACCACAGUUUCUGAAGAGACAACAACUGUUACUACGACCACACCUGAAAGCUCCACUACUCAGACAACUACAACAGUAACAACUCAAGAUGAGUGUGAGGAGCAGGACUUGGAUAAAUUGAAUGUUAUAAUCACCCUUAUCCCUACUGAUGGAAAUGGUGAUAGCAGUACUAAUGGUAUAAUCACACUGGAGUCCGAAGUUCCUAAGUUCACUGUAUCGCUUUCUUCCCCUGGGAACACAAUAACAGUGAAUGCGCUGACUUUGUUUGAGCAGGGUGAAGGAGAAAACAACAAUGCAGUACGGAGGGUUCGCAUCUCAAAUAUUGUGAGCAGUACAGGAGAAGUUGAUACGGAGGAAUAUCCUGUUAACUCCACUGCUCUUGAAAGUGGAAUGUUUGUAGUGCGAAAUACAUUUAAUGAUGAAUCUGUGGAAUCUUUUGACAUUGAAGUACUGGAUAGCACCAGCAUGCCUGUAACCAUAAACGUGACAGUCAGAGGAUGCCUUGAAUUAGAGCCUACAACUACUGUCACAACAACAAGUGUAACAACCACUACUUUGCCAGCAACCACAACUGCUUCAACCACUACAGUAACAGAAGAAACAACAACUGCUCUCACAACGACAGCAAGCACCACAGUUUCUGAAGAGACUACAACUGUUACUACCACCACACCUGAAAGCUCCACUACUCACACAACUACAACAGUAACAACAACUCCAGAGCCUACAACUACUAUCACAACAACAAGUGUUGCAACGACUACCACCCCAGCAACUACAACUGCUCCAACCACUACAGUGACAGAGGAAACAACAACUACUGUCACGACGACAGCAAGCACCACAGUUUCUGAAGAGACAACAACUGUUACAACGACCACACCUGAAAGCUCCACUACUCAGACAACUACAACAGUAACAACAACUCCAGAACUUUCAACAAAACCAACUGAUAUAGGUGAUGCAGAUGUGGAAACUCCCCAAUCAAGAACUGGACAAACUGAGCCUACAACUACUGUCACAACAACAAGUGUUACAACCACUACCUUGCCAGCAACCACAACUGCUCCAACCACUACAGUGACGGAGGAAACAACAACUACUGUCACGACGACAGCAAGCACCACAGUUUCUGAAGAGACAACAGCUGUUACUACUACCACACCUGAAAGCUCCACUACUCACACUACGACAACAGUAACAACAACGACUCCAGAGCCUACAACUACUGUCACAACAACAAGUGUUGCAACGACUACCACUCCAGCAACUACAACUGCUCCAACCACUACAGUGACAGAGGAAACAACAACUACUGUCACGACGACAGCAAGCACCACAGUUUCUGAAGAGACAACAACUGUUACUACCACCACACCUGAAAGCUCCACUACUCAGACAACUACAACAGUAACAACAACUCCAGAACUUUCAACAAAACCAACUGAUAUAGGUGAUGCAGAGCCUACAACUACUGUCACAACAACAAGUGUUACAACAACUACUUUGCCAGCAACUACAACUGCUCCAACCACUACAGUGACGGAGGAAACAACAACUACUGUCACGACAACAGCAAGCACCACAGUUUCUGAAGAGACAACAACUGUUACUACUACCACACCUGAAAGCUCCACUACUCACACAACGACAACAGUAACAACAACGACUCCAGAGCCUACAACUACUAUCACAACAACAAGCAUUGCAACGACUACCACCCCAGCAACUACAACUGCUCCAACCACUACAGUGACAGAGGAAACAACAACUACUCUCACGACGACAGCAAGCACCACAGUUUCUGAAGAGACAACAACUGUUACUACCACCACACCUGAAAGCUCCACUACUCAGACAACUACAACAGUAACAACAACUCCAGAACUUUCAACAAAACCAACUGAUAUAGGUGAUGCAGAUGUAGAAACUCCACGAUCAAGAACUGGACAAACUGAGCCUACAACUACUGUCACAACAACAAGUGUUACAACCACUACUUUGCCAGCAACCACAACUGCUCCAACCACUACAGUGACGGAGGAAACAACAACUACCACGACAACAGCAAGCACCACAGUUUCUGAAGAGACAACAACUGUUACUACUACCACACCUGAAAGCUCCACUACUCACACAACGACAACAGUAACAACAACGACUCCAGAGCCUACAACUACUGUCACAACGACAGCUGUUGCAACCACUACCACCCCAGCAACUACAACUGCUCCAACCACUACAGUGACAGAGGAAACAACAACUACUGUCACGACGACAGCAAGCACCACAGUUUCUGAAGAGACAACAACUGUUACUACGACCACACCUGAAAGCUCCACUACUCAGACAACUACAACAGUAACAACAACUACUCCAGAGCCAACAACUACUGUAACUACAACAAGUGUGGCAACCACUACCACCCCAGCGACCACAACUGCUCCAACCACUACAGUGACAGAGGAAAUGACAACUACUAUCACGACAACAGCAAGCACCACAGUUUCUGAAGAGACAACAACUGUUAUUAUGACCACCCCUGAAGGCACUACAACUCAGACAACUACAACAGUAACAACAACUCCAGAACCUUCAACUGAACCAAUUGAAACAGGCGAUGGAGAUGUUGGAACUCCUCCAACGAGACCUAGACCGACUACAACAGAACCUGUGACGACACCAUUCAGUGCAGAAACUACAACCCCAAGGAUGAGGGAGAGUACAGAAGUUCCUACAACUGUGAGGACAGAAUCGACCACCGUGACAAGGCCUUCAACAACAGGAGCAAUGGUGUCAACCACAAUGAUCCGUGAAACAACCACAACACCAGAAGAGACGACGGAGAAGACCACAGUUAUUGAAACAACAGCUACAGCAGGGUCCACAGUCCAGAAGGUGACCACAACCACACCGGAGGAGAUCACCACUGAGUUGACCGUGACAGAAGGAGGGGUCACAACUACGGAAACAACCACCACACCAAUUGCCAGCUCUACCACUAGUGUAACUACCAUGAUCAUGACUACACCAAAACCAGGAAAUGAGACGGGCUGUCUUAAGAAUGGUAUACGUUAUGAGUGGGGAGAAGAGAUCAUUUCAGAUAAUCCUUGCGAGAAGUUGAUCUGCAAAGAAAACACGGGCAUUAUGGCAAUAACUACGUCAUGUCCUCCAAUUGUCUGUGUGGGCAAGCUGGUGAGAAGGGAAGGAGAAUGCUGUGAAGUAUGUGAACAAGAAGUCCCAACAUGCCAGCCACGAAGUAUAAAGGAAGAUAACUAUGAGAUGGGAGAUGGUUGCGUUUCUACUACCCCAGUCACCUUGUCCUAUUGUGAUGGUAUGUGUGAGUCCAACUCUACUGCUAUGAUGAAUGCCUCUAUCGAUGGUGCACCGUACUUCGAUUCCUUCUGCCGCUGCUGCAAGCCGACUAUGUUCAACAUGUUUGAGGCGGAGUUCUUGUGUGCAGAUGGCACCUCUUACACGAAGCAGUACUACGUCAUAGAGCAAUGCAACUGUGAAACCUGUGCCUACGAUCCCAUUCAAGCUCUCAAUCCUACAACGGUAGUACCGUAGUAGUAUCUAAAAAUAAAGCGAUGGGAUUGGAAUCCCUUGAUAUCCUAUAUACAAAUAUAUUAUAUUUUUCUGUAGGAAGAUUCAGCUGCCAGUUUGUCUCUCUUUUUCUGUUUUAGAUGUACAACUUUUUGAAAUGUUUUAUCGCCAACUUUAAUAACAAUAAUAAUAAUAAUGGAUAUUUCGAAGCGCUAAAAACAAGAAGUACCAUAGUGCAUACAAUGUAUGAAUAUCAAUUCAACAAUUGCAAUAAUUACUGCAAUAUUCAAGAUAAAAAGGGAAUUUAAUUAUUGAGGAAAAAGGUAUGUCUUAAGGGAAGAUUUGAAACCAAGAACACCGGAAGCAUUUCAUAUUGAAAGAGGGAUAGCAUUCCAAGUCUUGGCAGCUGCAAACUUUCAGUUUGUUUAUAGUAUCCACUCCAUGCAUACGUGUAUCUAUACUUGUGGUGCAUUCAACAUUUGGGUUCAUCAAAAUGAAAUAAAAUUGACUUGGUAUAUUUUUCUUACAUCUGUAUCAGAAUCACCAAAUUGUCAAUAUGAACAUGUCUCCAUGAUGUAUUUUACUUGAUUUAAAAGACUAUUGUAGUAAUGUGUUAUAAUGAAAAAAGAUAUAUAAUAAGAUCCGCCUUUAUGUAGUUUUAUGUAGUAUCGUCAAUUAAUGUGAGGUGAUUGGAUUAUUUACCUAUGUAACAAUAAGAUUUAUAAUGUAAUUUAAGGGUGAUUGGUUAUUCCUUAAUGUAUUUACAAAAUAGGAGUAACAGGUAACUUAGGUUUAUCAAGUUUUAACUCAUUAGCAAAUGCAAAGUAAGAUGGAUUGAUAAAAUCUUAAAUUGAAACCAUGUACUAUGUGUUCUGUAUAAGUGAAAUUUAAAACAAAAUUGGCCCUUGAAAAGAUGGCAGAAAGACUAUAAUCUACUCCAUAAUUUAAUGUAGAAUGAAAUCAUACUUUUAAUUGCAUUUAUGAGUAACAUACACCGUUAAGGAUACAUUUUUUUUUCUUUUGUUUCUUGAUGUUUAUGGAGAUGAUUUAGAGAUGGCCCUUUCAAUCUUGUAGAUGGCAGCUGAAUAAUAAAACAAGAAGAA